GUGAACCUUCUCAGAUGUAUCGUCUUGAAAGAAUUUGACAAUCCUGCUAAAAAGAUAGGAAAAAUCAACAACGCAUUAAGGAAAAAUAUUCUUUUGCAGGAAAGUUUUAGUUUCUGUCAAAAAAAAAAAAGAAAAGAAAAUCGGUUAAAAAUUGCGAAAAUAAGGAAAAGACGUAAAAUGGAGUUUGAUUGGCAAGAUGAGUUUCAUGAAAUUAAAGAGCGCGGUGCCCACUUAUUGCAGACAGGAAAAUGGUCCGAUUGCCGUUUCUUGGUUGGAACUCCGCCGAAUCAACACAUCAUCGCUGGCCACAAACUCAUAUUAGCUAUGACUUCUCCAGUCUUUGAAUGUAUGUUCUUUGGUCAAAUGGCGGAUAAAUCCGAUCCCAUUAUCAUACCAGAUGUACAGCCAGACGCAUUUCAAUCGAUGAUGGAGUACAUUUAUUCGGGUCGUAUCAAUAUAACUUCAUUCGAUAAAGCUUGCGAAUUGUGUUACGUGGCGAAAAAGUAUAUGCUUCCUCACGUAGUUGAACAAUGUACCCAGUUCUUGUGGUCUGAUUUAAGUCCAAGGAACGCGUGUCGUGCAUACGAGUUUGCUAAGUUAUUCGAGGAGCCCCGUCUUGUGCAAAGAAGUAUGGAGCUAAUUUCUUCAUUGACUCGAGAGGUGUUAAAUGAUUCAAGUUUCUUAGAUAUUGAAAUGACUACUUUGAUGGAUAUUUUAGAUCAGGAUAAGUUAAAUCUCGACUC